UCGUAAACUAUUUCAAAUGUCGCUCUAGUCAAUUACAAUAUGUUCAGCAAGACAUACUUCCUCGUUGUGUGUCAGUAGAUAGGUAUACGUAAUUUUUGUUUUUCGUUCUACACGUGUAAACGGGCUCUGCUCCAACUCUCCUUUUUGCCAGGGCAGUACGAGCCGGAGCGAACUCCUUUUCACCGGAGGAGACCUAACUCGGCCUGUGAGUGGCUGUUACUAGAGGUGGGGAUAUCUGAGGUGAACUUGGCAAAGCAGGAACUGCAUACACAGACAGUCCAUGGCCUUUAUAGGGAGUGCAAUUCGUCGAAUACCAUCACUCCGGCCACCAGUUUCUUCCCUGUGUCGGACUACGUCCCGGGCCUACAGCUCAGAACCCACCAAAGAAAAAAGUGUUCCCUACGAGACAACCCUUAAACAGGAGGAUGGGGCCUCCUCCGGACCCACCAAACCACUGCCCAGGUCGGCAGAUGCAGUAGUAAUUGGAGGAGGAAGUCUGGGCUGUCAAACCAUCUACCACCUGACUAAAAUGGGCAUGACCAAUGUUGUUUUGCUGGAGAGGGACAGACUAACCGCUGGUACUACGUGGCACACUGCAGGUCUACUAUGGCAGCUUCGCCCCAGUGAUGUUGAAGUUGAGCUCCUGGCACACACUAGAAAUGUCAUAAGCAGAGACCUGGAGGAAGAGACUGGCCUCCACACUGGCUGGAUCCAAAAUGGAGGCCUAUUUAUUGCCUCUAAUAAACAGAGGCUGGAUGAAUACAAGCGGCUCAUGUCGCUGGGCAAAGUUUAUGGCAUUGAGUCUCAUGUUCUGUCACCUGCUGAGACGAAGGACCUGUACCCUCUCAUGAAUGUGGACGAUCUGUAUGGAACUUUGUAUGUACCCAAAGAUGGAACCAUGGACCCUGCAGGCACCUGUACCACCCUGACCAGGGCUGCCUCAGCCCGGGGCGCAACGGUGAUUGAAAACUGCCCUGUAACUGGUAUCCAAGUCAAGACUGAUGAUCUUGGAGUGCAGAGAGUGAAAGCUGUGGAGACUGCUCAUGGAAACAUCGAAACUCCAUGUGUUGUAAAUUGUGCAGGUGUAUGGGCUACUAAGCUUGGAGAAAUGGCUGGGGUGAAGGUGCCACUUAUUGCGAUGCAUCAUGCUUAUGUGGUGACGGAGAGAAUAGAAGGAAUUCAAAACAUGCCAAAUGUCAGAGACCAUGAUGCAUCAGUGUAUCUCCGUCUCCAAGGUGAUGCCCUGUCUGUGGGAGGCUAUGAGCAAAACCCAAUUUUCUGGGAAGAGGUUUCCGAUAAAUUUGCCUUCAGUUUAUUUGACCUGGACUGGGAUGUCUUUAUGCAACAUAUUGAGGGAGCAAUCAACAGAGUUCCUGUUCUGGAGCAGACUGGUAUCAAGUCCACAGUGUGCGGACCAGAGUCCUUCACGGCUGACCACAAGCCUUUAAUGGGAGAGGCUCCAGAGGUCAGAGGGUACUUCUUGGGUUGCGGUUUCAACAGUGCAGGUAUGAUGCUGGGUGGUGGCUGUGGAAGAGAGUUGGCUCACUGGAUCAUUCACGGGCGCCCAGAGAAGGACAUGUACGGAUAUGACAUCAGACGUUUCCAUCACUCUCUGACUGAUAACAACCGGUGGAUUCGAGAGCGCAGCCAUGAGUCCUAUGCCAAAAACUACUCUGUGGUGUUCCCCUUUGAUGAGCCGCUGGCUAGUCGCAACAUGAGGAGAGACCCUUUCCAUCAGGUGCUGACGGAGCAGGGCUGUGUAUUCCAGGAGAGGCAUGGCUGGGAGAGACCAGGCUGGUUCAACAAAGAUGGACCUGCACCUGUUAAAGACUAUGAUUACUAUGGUGCAUAUGACACUCCAACAAAUGUGAACUACAAAUACAAUGAACUACUUGGAAAAGAAUACACCUUUGACUUCCCCCCACACCAUGACGUGAUUAAAAGCGAGUGCCUUACAUGCAGAAAUGGUGUAGCUGUGUUCAACAUGUCCUAUUUCGGGAAGUUCUAUCUCACUGGGCCAGAUGCCAAAAAAGCAGCUGAUUGGUUAUUCACUGCUGAUGUCAACAAAAAGCCAGGAUCCACUGUGUACACCUGUAUGCUGAACAAGAGAGGAGGAUCUGAGGCUGACCUGACUGUGAGCAGACUGGAGCCUGGUGCUGCCAACUUGCCUCUGGCACCUGCAUCCAAUGGUGAUGCUUACUACCUCGCAAUUGGAGGCGGUGUGGCGGAACACAACUGGAACCAUAUCUCCACAGUUCUCCAAGACCAAGGAUUUCGCUGCCAGCUCACAGACCACUCUGAAGACAUGGGCAUGAUCAGUAUACAGGGACCCAAAAGUCGAGCUGUGCUUCAAGAGGUGUUGGACACAGACCUUAGCAAUGAAGCCUUCCCUUUCUCUUCUCAUAAAGUAGUCAAUGCAGCGGGGCAUCAGGUGAGAGCCAUGCGCCUGUCGUUUGUGGGUGAGAUGGGCUGGGAGCUGCACAUUCCCAAAGACUCUUGUAUUCCAGUCUACAAAGCUGUCAUGGCCGCCGGGGCCAAACACGGCAUCAUCAACUCAGGCUAUCGAGCCAUUGAUUCCCUGAGCAUAGAGAAAGGGUAUAGACACUGGCAUGCUGACCUCCGUCCAGAUGACACCCCUUUAGAGGCAGGUCUAGCUUUCACCUGCAAACUCAAGAGCUCCAUCCCAUUCCAGGGACGGGAUAUUCUGGAAAAGCAGAAGAAAGAGGGCCUGAAGAGGAAAAUUGUUUGCUUUACCAUUGAUGAGAAAGUGCCCAUGUUUGGUCUAGAGGCCAUCUUCAGAAAUGGCGUCCCUGUGGGUCACCUAAGACGUUCUGAAUACGGCUUCUUUAUCGACAGAACUAUUGGUUAUGGAUACAUCCGCAACCCUGAUGGAGGAGUGGUGAAUGCUGAUUUCAUAAAGAGUGGAGAGUUCACUCUGGAGAGGAUGGGAGUGACGUACAAGGCCAAGGCCCACAUCAAGACUCCGUUUGACCCCGAGAAUAAACGCGUCAAGGGUAUUUAUGAUUGAACAAGGACCACACUUGAGUCAAAUUUAAAAAAAAAGAUUCCUCUUACAUGAAUUAACUGGAUUUACAAGUGUGCACACUCAGCAAAUUGAUCCCUUUGUUGUCAUAGUAACUCAUUUGAGAGCAUGGUUUGUAAGUGAUGUUGGCCCACUGUAGCUUAUCUGUUACAUUGACCACUGAUGUUCAUUUUAACACAUACAAUAACGUGUCAAGUCUACAUUAUUCGGAUUGAAGGGCUUUCACAUCUGUUAUUACCAUUUUUACAUAUUAACACAUUUUAAGUUAUUAACACAAUGAAUAUUCUUACAAUGUGUAGACUCAAGUUCAAGACUCGGAGCCAAAACAGAACUGUACAACAGAAACAUUAAAAUACAAAUCAAAUGUUCUGAAAAUGUACAUACACUUUUCAGUACAUUUGAUUUUAGAACUCAAACAAUGAGGCUUCCUUACCAACUACUUAAUUUCAGAUUAUGUUGCUCACCUCAAGCUAUUUAGACUGGAGCUCAGUGUCUGCUGUAUCUAAAUAAGUUAUGUGGGCGGCUGAUGUUGUUAAAGAAAUGCAUUAUAGACUGUGCAUGUUGCCUUAAAUCCCCCUUUCUGCUGUUCACAUCAGUGUGGCCAAGCAUUUUAAAUAAGUCAUCUGAAAAUAAGACUGUCAAUUCUGGUUUUAUCAUUCUCACAAACAUGCAUGACUCAUUUCAUUUGGAUGAGUGAGAAACACAUAGUAAACUGUGCAUAAUCCAGGAAAUGACCAUUAAAUUAUUAAAAAUCUUGAAUAACAAGAUUUUUAAUAGUUUCACCUGGCAGCCUUGUGACUAUAAAUUAACUAAAGAAUAAUGACACUAAAAUAUCUCAGAUAAACUCUAAAUGUUAAAAUUUAAUGCAUUAAGAUCUGUUUCUUUUUAAGUAUUUAUCUUUACUGAAAUAUGUUUAUUUGCUGUUAUUUCAAGUGAAAGCUAUGCAAAUGCUUUCAAAUAUAAUAUUCGCAGUCUACAUAGGACUGUAUUAGUUUGAAGGAAAUGCAAAAUCAAAGUGUCUUUUAUUCUAAAAACCUUUAUAGUGCAUAAUAGAUAUAACCUCUGUAGUUCCACUAUGUCUGUGAAAAUGGAGUAAAGUUGUGUCCUGAGCUUGCAGGCAUUUGGAAGUCCUAUUACAGUGGCUGAUUUAUACUGAUAAAACUAAAAACAGACUUCUACUAUCUGUGCUAUCUAGAUCUCAAACACACAGAGUUUAGAGAGCAAAAUACCCUGAGGCUCUGAACAGGAGCCCAGGACAAAACGCUGUGAGGAGGAAUUGCAUACAAAGACAAGAGUUAUCAGAAAACCACUGCUCUGUGUGCCCCUGCCAACGUGCUGCAGUGAUGGUCUCCUGAUGACAGCACUUAUGCACAUGUCAUACUCUUUUACUCUACUACUCCCUAUUCAUUUUGAGUCAGUGGAACCACAUCUAGUAAACCUUACCAUUCUAAAGUUCCAUGAGUUUACUGUGAAGUAAGGACAGUGCAGGCACUUAACACAUUUACCUCAACAUUGUAAAGAGCACACAACCAGCAGCCAUUUAUGCUAUAGAUUGUCAAUACUAAAUAAUACAACUGGAAUUAACUUUUUUCUAUCAAAUCUAAAGAUAUAUGUAAAGAUCUCUCAGUAUCCCAUGCGUUCUUAUAUCCAGAUUAGCCAGUCAAUGCUCUUCUACUUUAGCCAGCAUAUCUGAAACCAUCUUGCUUUGUUAUUCUUAUUUUAAUUUACCUUCAACAUAAUUAUGUUUACAUGAUUGUUUACAACCUAGGAGGAAAUUAAUAUUACGAAGUGCUUAAUAUAUUUGACACCUAAUCUUAAUUACGUUUAGUGGAAGACCGUUUAUGCCCAAUACAAACUGCUGCGGACCACUUGCCAAAAAAGUGUCUGUCGAUGGGAGCCAUUUGUAUUCUGCCACUUCUACCCUCCAUGACGUUAGCUGCUGCUGCGUGUUCAGCACAAAAUGUUUACUAAUUUGAAAUGAUUCAUGGAUUUUCCCCUAAACCGUAAAUCAUACAAAUUGUAGUUCUCCUGAGUAGCUUUAGUUGAAAAAGAUGGAUAUCAGAAGCACACACGCACACAUAGGUAAAAUACUAACACCACUGGCCUUACACAACAUAGGGUUUUCUGUUUUUUCAAGGAGUGAAGUCUUAAAUCCAUAAAUGAUAAAACUUAUUAAAAAAUGUGUAGGGUUGCAUAUCUUCAGGGUGUGUAUGUAUUCUCAUUUUGUCCCCAUUUUAAUUUGUUUACUAAGACAUUACGAUACAGUACAAGUGUUGUUUAUGAGUAAUUUGUCUGGAAUAAUGUGCUGUAAGUCUUAAAGAAGUGUGACUGAUGUGAACCGUAAUCCAUAUGCUGGUGCUGGGGAAUACCAUGUGGGGUGAGAACAUUUGUAAUUUUUAAUGUUAAUUUUUCUUUGAUGGAAAGCAGAAAACAAUCAGCCAAAAAGUAACCGUACAUUUAUUUAUUUUGCCAACCCAAUGUUCCUUUUUAUUAAUAAAUUUAAUCCGCAAGCUUUCUAAAA